GGCGCUUGACUGGGUCUCAACCAAGAUGGCCUCUCAGCAGCAGCAGCAGCAGACCGGAGGACCGAUGUCUCAGCCCGGGUUACAACAACAAGCCUCUCUGCAACAACAGCAGCAGCAACAACUGAGUCAACAGCAGGACUUCGACCCGGUCCACAGGUUCAAGAUGCUCAUUCCACAGCUGAAGGAGAGUCUGCAGAAUGUGAUGAAGAUCGCGUCCCUGAAUCUGGCUCAUAACACAUCGAUAGACAACGGCAUUAAAAGCAGCGACACCUCUGUUCAGCGCUUUGACAAAAGCCUUGAGGAGUUUUAUGCCCUUUGCGAUCAACUGGAGCUGUGUUUGCGGCUGGCUUACGAGUGCCUUUCCCAGAGCAUUGACAGCGCCAAACAUUCACCCAACCUGGUCCCAACAGCCACCAAGCCGGACACGGUGCAGACGGAGUCCAUGUCUUACGCCCAGUACCUCGGCAUGAUCAAGUCUCAGAUCUCUUGCGCCAAAGAUAUCCACAAUGCUCUGCUGGAGUGUUCCAAGAAGAUCGCAGGGAAGGGACAGCCUCAGGGAAUCAUGUAAACUCGGACUUACACUUCCCACUCGUUCUGCAUCCGCUGACUUUGUUUUUUGAGAGAAAGACAAUGGAUUUCGUAUUCUGGGCUGUUCCAUACACAUAUCUAACUGUUGAAGAUACUGUUUUAUUUUCUUCUGUCUCUGUUUUUUUUUUUUUUAAAUAAUUUAUGUUUCUUGACAACUCUAUGUAAAUAUUCCUGAUGAGGUCAUGUCCUGAGAUGACCAGCAGGUGGUGGCAGAGGUGUACCUGCCAUCUAAAUAUUCACAGCUCUUUAUGGUCUUUUGUAGCUUAUUUGUACUGAACAUUAAAAACUUUCUACAGUU